UAGAUCAACAUUCCAGUAGAGCUGUAUUCACUUUACGCAGGCCAAGCCUACAGCGGCUUGUGCCCCAAAAUGGACCUAAAUGUUGCCUUGAUAGCUUGUGUGUUCCUGGUCAUUGCUGCGCUAGCUCUGCUAUCUAUCCGUCGCAAAUCGAGCGGUAACGCCACUGCUGUCAGCACAGCCCCGCCGAUAACUCGGACAUCAAUUUCUGCAGAGGACCCCAGCAAGCCUUGCGUGCGCAUCCUCUACGGCACCCAGACGGGCACGGCGGAGCGCUUCUCCAAGCAGCUUGCCAACGAGCUGCGCGGCAAGUAUGGGGACAGCACGGCCGUGGAUGUGCGCGACGUGGAGACCUAUAAACCAGAGCGGCUGGGCAGCGAGAAGCUGGUGGUGAUGUGUAUGGCGACGUAUGGCGAUGGCGAACCCACCGAUAACGCAGCGGUCUUCUACUCGUGGCUGCUCAAGGAAGCGGAGGCAGUCGAGAACGGCGACAAGGAGCCGUUUCUGCAGGGUGUCUCUUAUGCCGUGUUUGGGCUGGGCAACAAGCAGUACGAGCACUUCAACUCGGUGGGCAAGAAGGUGUUCAAGGCCAUGAAGGCGUGCGGCGCCACCGCGCUGUGCCGCCGCGGCGACGGCGACGAUGACGGCGUCAUCGACGACGACUUCGAGAAGUGGUGCACUGAGCUGUACGAGGCGCUGGACAAGUCCAGCGAUCUGGUCGGCAAGCGUGCCGACCAGAACGGCGUGCACGCGGCGCCACCGGCGCGUGUAGCCGCGUACGAAGUGGAGGUGCUGCGCGGGAGCGGCGGCGAGGCGCCAGCCUUUCCCUCGGGCACCGGCAAGGACGUGCACAGCCCCUUCUGGGCCAAGAUUACCACCGUGCGCGAGCUGCACACCCCCGCAUCGGACCGCAGCUGCGUGCACGUGGAGGUGGAUGUCAGCGGCUCGGGCAUCACCUACGAGGCGGGCGACCACAUCGCCAUCUACGCCCGCAACGGCGAGGCGGUGGUGAGCCAGGUGGCCGAGCUGCUGGGCUUUGACCUAGAGGCCCGCAUUAAGCUGGCGCUGCCGGCGGACGCAGAUGCCGCCUCAGGCCUGCCGCCGCCCUUCCCCGGCCCCGUCACCGUGCGCACCGCGCUGUCCUACUUCGCGGACGUGCUGUCCAGCCCGCACCGUGAGGCGCUGAACGCGCUGGCCAGCUUCGCGGCGGACCGGGAGGAGGCGGCGCGCCUUGCGCUGCUGGGCUCGCCGGCUGGGAAGGCCGAGUACGCGGACUUCAUCGGCAAGCCGCACCGCAGCCUGCUGGAGGUGCUGCAGGCCUUCCCCAGCGCCAAGCCCACCAUCGGCGCCUUCUUUGGCUGUAUCGCGCCACGCCUGCAGCCUCGCUUCUACUCAAUCUCCUCCUCGCCCAAGCAGCACCCAAACAGCGUGCACGUCACGUGCGCCGUGGUGCGCGACACCAUGCCCACCGGCCGCGUGCACGAGGGCGUGGCGUCGACGUGGCUGCAACGCCACGGCAACGGCGCGGCGGUGCCCGUGUUUGUUCGGCACUCGCAUUUCCGCCUGCCCAAGGCGGCCAGCACGCCGGUGGUAAUGGUGGGCCCCGGCACCGGCCUAGCGCCCUUCCGCGGCUUCCUGCAGGAGCGCGCCGCGCUCAAGAACUCGGGUGCGGAGCUGGGCCCUGCGCACCUGUUCUUUGGCUGCCGCUCGCGCGGCACUGACUACAUCUACCAGCAGGAGCUGGAGGGGUAUGUGGCGGACGGAGUGCUGUCGAACCUGCACGUGGCCUUCUCGCGCGAUCAGUCCUCCAAGGACUACGUGCAGCACCACAUAGGGCGGGAAGCGGCCGCGCUGUGGCCGAUCAUCGGGGAGCAGGGUGCCCACCUGUACGUGUGUGGAGACGCCAAGUACAUGGCGAAGGACGUGCACAAGGCCUUCGUGGCGCUGGUGGAGAAGGGCAAGGGCUGCAGCGGCACGCAGGCGGAGAUGUUCGUGAAGGAGCUCACAGACGCCGGGAGAUACCAGCGCGAUGUCUGGUAAGCGGCCGUGUAGCCGCUACGCGGCCCUGCGGGGCCGUACAACUGCAUCAUCUGUAGGGUUUUGGCUAGGCAGGGAGUGAGGAUAGGAGCUGGAGAAAUAGACUUGGUGCGGACUGGCAUAAUCUUGAGUGUUGUCGGGUGACUAGUAAGUGGUAUUUGAGGGUGCGAGACGGCGGGCCACAACGUGUUGCCCUGCGUUGGUCAAUCUGGUGUGGCCUCUUAACUGAGAGUUGUUGCUAAGCGUUGUGGAGUCGGGGGCAGGACUGCGUUGCCCCCGUUAGCCGUUUGGUGCUGUGGUCUUGUCAGGUGUGGUCUCAGGUGGUGGACUGUGUUGGCACGCUGGCUUGCGUGAAGGUUCUUAGCCCUAUGUGACAAAGCGUUGCCACUGCCGGUCGAAGGGGAGGUGCACUACGACGCUGAGUCCCAGUAGUGGGCCGAACCGCUUAAACACUAGAUACCCCAGUAUCGUCCGGCGCAAGCAAAACGGUAUGAACACCAAGUGACCGGGAAAACGUUUGAGACAAGCGAGUCGUGAAGGCUGGUAGCAUGCAGGAACAGGGCAAGACGGAACCAGAAUAGGAGUCAGCGCAGUGCUGCGAAUACUUUGGCCUGCUUGAAUUCAGGGAUGGCUGUGUGGCGGUGCUGUCGUGUGCGUCUGCGUGCGUCUGUUGUGCGCAUUGAUUGGGCGCGCCGCAGUCUGGCGUCCGUCUGUAGGACAAGGAGAAAGCAAGAGCACGUUCCUGCUUGUGUGCGAUGGGACAGUGUUAAGCCGGUGAAGUCCCGUAGGGUGCAGCUGAUUCCCAGACCCCAGCAGAUGGCAAACAAUUUGCAACGGCAGCGCAUGAGCGCGCGGCCCCCGGGUAUUCGAUCAGGCAGCUGUAGUAUGCAACUGUA